AAGAAGUGAAUGUCAGUGCGACUGUGAUUGAGAAACAAAUAACCAACAUCAAAAGCCAUGUCCAUGCAGGUUGACUUAGAAUUGAAAAAGGCCUUUCAAGAGCUGCAAACAAAAAUGAUAGCAACAACACAACAAAUCAAACUAUCAGAUGCACAGAUUGACCAGCUUAAAAGAAGCAUCAAACAUUCUGAAUUAGUGGAGCAUGAAAUUGGAGCUCUCCCAGAAACCACAAGAUUAUAUGAAGGUGUAGGAAGAAUGUUCAUUUUGCAACCUAAGGACGAUAUUAAACAAAAUCUAGUGAAUAAAAAGAAAGCAGCAGAGGAAAAGAUCAAAAACUUUGAGACUUCCAAAUCUUACUUAGAGAAGAGCAUUAAAGAAAGUGAAGACAACCUUAGGGAAUUAGUCAUGUCAAAACAACAAAAUAGAUAGUUCAUUUGUGUGUAUAUGUGUUUUUUUUUUUUUAAAUAAAUUUUUGUACAAGUAUUUG